UCCGUACUGCAGAGGUGCUGCCUGAGGAUCGUUUUAAAGGGCCCGCGUGCCGCCGCCCCCUCGGCUCGCCAUGGUCCUGCCUGUGCCGCUGCUGCUCGGCCUCCUUGGCUUGGCUGUCGCCGAACCCACCGUCUAUUUCAAGGAGCAGUUUCUGGACGGAGACGGGUGGACUAACCGCUGGAUCGAUUCCAAACACAAGUCAGAUUUUGGCAAAUUCGUGCUCAGUUCCGGCAAGUUCUACGGUGAUCAGGAGAAAGAUAAAGGGUUGCAGACCAGCCAGGAUGCGCGCUUUUAUGCCCUGUCGGCCAGAUUCGAGCCCUUCAGCAACAAGGGCCAGACACUGGUGGUGCAGUUUACAGUGAAGCACGAGCAGAAUAUCGACUGUGGGGGCGGCUACGUGAAGCUGUUUCCCGAUAGCUUGGACCAGACCGAUAUGCAUGGAGACUCAGAAUACAACAUUAUGUUUGGCCCUGACAUCUGUGGCCCUGGCACCAAGAAGGUUCAUGUCAUCUUCAACUAUAAGGGCAAGAACGUGCUGAUCAACAAGGACAUCCGUUGCAAGGAUGAUGAAUUUACACACCUGUACACGCUGAUUGUGCGGCCAGACAACACCUAUGAAGUGAAGAUUGACAACAGCCAGGUGGAGUCAGGCUCCUUGGAGGAUGAUUGGGACUUCUUGCCACCCAAAAAGAUAAAGGAUCCUGAUGCUGCAAAGCCGGAAGACUGGGACGAGCGGCCCAAGAUUGAUGACCCCACAGACUCCAAGCCUGAGGACUGGGACAAGCCCGAGCACAUCCCUGACCCUGAUGCUAAGAAGCCCGAGGACUGGGAUGAAGAGAUGGAUGGAGAGUGGGAACCGCCAGUCAUUCAGAACCCUGAGUACAAGGGCGAGUGGAAGCCCCGGCAGAUCGACAACCCAGAUUACAAGGGCACAUGGAUCCACCCAGAAAUAGACAACCCUGAGUAUUCUCCUGAUGCCAAUAUCUAUGCAUAUGACAACUUUGCUGUGCUGGGCCUAGAUCUCUGGCAGGUCAAGUCUGGUACCAUUUUUGACAACUUCCUCAUCACCAAUGACGAGGCACACGCUGAGGAAUUUGGCAAUCAGACGUGGGGCGUCACAAAGGCAGCCGAAAAGCAAAUGAAGGACAAGCAGGACGAGGAGCAGAGGCUUAAAGAGGAGGAGGAGGACAAAAAACGCAAGGAGGAUGAGGAAGAGGAGGCCGAGGACAAGGAGGACGAGGAGGACAAAGAUGAGGACGAAGAGGAUGAGGAGGACAAGGAGGAGGAGGAGGAGGACACCCCUGGCCAGGCCAAGGAUGAGCUGUAGAGGCCGCACCACCCGCCUCCAGGGCUGGACUGAGGCCUGAGCGCGCCGCUGCAGAGCCGGCCGCGCCAAAUAAUGUCUCUAUGAGACUCGAGAACUUUCAUUUUUUUCCAGGCGGGUUCAGAUAUGGGGUGGAUUUUGGUUUUGUUUCCCCCCCCCCCUUUUUUUUAAUUGGUGUUUUGUCUUUGCUUCUCCAUCAACCCUCACUCUUGGUUCUCAUCUUUCUUCAUCAACAUCUUUUCCUUGCUCCAUCUCCUUCUCUCCCAGGAUCCAUUAGCUAGCCUCCAACCUGGGGCAGGGGUGUGGAGGAGAAGCCCCAGGCCUGAGAUUCCAUCUGUUCUCCUUCCUGUAGCCCAGAGGGGGGGCAGAAGAAGGGGGGUGGCAUCUCCAGCCCCCCCAGCACUGAGGAAGAACGGGGCUCUCUUCCCAUUCUGUCUCCCCCUUUCUCCCCUGCCCCCGGGACUGGGCCACUUCUGGAUGGGGCGGGGCAGCAGGUUCCAGCUGGGCUCACACUGAGAAUGUAAGAACUAAAAACAAAAUUUCUAUUAAAUUAAGUUUUGUGUC